UUGGCGAGAAAGCUACUAUGGUUUCUUAUAAGGGGUGUCUGAUCAGCAGAAUGAAAUAACAGUUUUUCGCCGGGUGUUUUUCAUUUUUUCUUCUUGAUUGACUUGCUCUGGUUCUCUUUUUAAAAGCGAAACAAAAGUCCACUUUCAGUUUUCCAGGCUGUGGGAUAUAAUUUGGAACUUGGAAACAGAAAUGUUUGGCUGAACCCCGGACGAAACUAACAGCAGACGGGCAUAAAGCAAUUAAUUUUCACGUCUCCCUCCUUCCCUGCACCCCUCCGGACAGAAUGAAACCCCGGUGGCUCACCAUCGCUCUGGCCCUGCUGCACUUGAGGACGUCGUGGGGAGCCCCAUCGUCGCCCCCAACCGCGGGCUCUCCUCUCCCCCACUCGGGCACCUUCUUCCAGGUCUCGGAUACCAGCCUGAGCCACCUGGCAGUGCACAGUCAGACCGGGGAAGUGUAUCUGGGUGCCCUGAAUCGCAUCUACAAGCUCUCCGCCAACCUGACGGAACUGCGGCUUCACGUGACGGGCCCGGUACAGGACAACGCCAAGUGUUACCCUCCCCCCAACGUGCGGGCCUGCGCCCACAAACUGGCCCCUUCCGACAACGUCAACAAGCUGCUCCUGGUGGACUACGCCGGCGAACGCUUGGUGGCAUGCGGGAGCGUCUGGCAAGGCGUGUGCCAGUUCCUGAGACUGGAUGACCUUUUUAAGCUGGGGGAACCUCACCACCGGAAGGAGCACUACCUCUCUGGGGCAAGAGAGGCCGACGGGAUGGCCGGGGUCAUGGUGGCGGGAAGCAAAUCCGGGACCAAAAAGGGAGGUGGCAACUUGUUCGUCGGGGCGUCCAUCGACGGGAAAUCGGAAUACUUCCCGACGCUGUCGAGCCGGAAGCUGGUUGCGGAUGAGGAGAGCGUGGAGAUGUUCGGCUUGGUCUACCAGGACGAGUUCGUCUCCUCGCAGAUCAAGAUCCCUUCGGACACCCUCUCCCUCUACCCGGCUUUCGACAUCUACUAUGUCUACGGUUUCGCCAGCCGCGCUUACGUCUAUUUCUUGACCCUCCAGCUGGACACCCAGCUGACCCAACUAGACGCCGGGGGAGAGAAGUUCUUUACCUCCAAGAUCGUCCGGAUGUGCGCCAACGAUUCCGAGUUCUACUCCUACUUGGAGUUCCCGUUGGGCUGCACCAAGGACGGGGUGGAGUACCGGCUGGUUCAAGCCGCCUAUAAGCAGCGUCCCGGCAGGAAGCUAGCCCAAGCGCUGGGCCUGUCCGAGGACGAGGAUGUUCUGUUUGCCGUCUUCUCCCAGGGCCAGAAGAACCGGUCCAACCCUCCCAGAGAGUCUGUCCUCUGCCUCUUCACGCUGCGCGACGUCAACGAGGCCAUGAGGGACCGGAUCCAGUCCUGCUACCGAGGGGAAGGAAAGCUCUCCUUGCCCUGGCUUCUCAACAAGGAGCUGCCUUGCAUCAAUACACCGAUGCAAAUAGAUGAUAAUUUCUGCGGUCUGGUCUUGAACCAGCCUCUUGGGGGGCUCCGUGUGAUCGAGGGGACCCCACUUUUCGAGGACCGGAUGGACGGGAUGGCAGCCGUCGCUGCUUAUACCUACGGGGAGCAUUCGGUGGUGUUUGUGGGUACACGCAGCGGGUACCUCAAAAAGAUCCGAGUGGAUGGCAUUCCUCCUCCUUCCCAGAAUGCCCUGCUGUAUGAGACCGUGCCGGUUGCAGAGGGCAGUCCAAUACUGCGUGACAUGGUCUUCAGUCCAGACUAUCGGUUCAUCUAUCUGCUGAGUGACAAGCAGGUGAUCCGGGUUCCAGUGGAGAGCUGUGGGCAGUACCCUUCCUGUGGUGCUUGUUUGGGUUCUGGAGACCCACACUGUGGAUGGUGUGUCCUUCAUAACAAGUGCUCCCGGCAGGGGGAGUGUGAGAAAUGGAGCGAACCUCGCAGGUUCACUUCAGAGCUGAGUCACUGCGUGGAGCUCAGCGUGACUCCCAACAACAUCUCCGUCACCACCUCAGAUGUGCAGUUGACGCUGCGGGUACGGAAUGUUCCGGACCUGAAGGCGGGGGUGACGUGCUCCUUUGAUGACCUCACAGAGAGCGAGGGGGCGCUCCUGCCUCGAGGACAGGUGCUGUGUGUGUCCCCGUCCCUCCGGGAGGUCCCCACUCUGACCCACGGGCAUGGAGACAAGCGUGUCGUGAAGCUGUACCUGAAAUCUAAAGAGACUGGGAGGAAGUUUGUCAGCACGGAUUUCGUUUUCUACAACUGCAGUGUGCUGCAAUCGUGCCUGUCUUGUGUUAGCAGCUUGUAUCGCUGCCACUGGUGCAAAUACAGACACGUGUGCACCAACAAUGUGGCUGAGUGCUCCUUCCAAGAGGGGAGAGUCGGCAACACAGAGGGGUGUCCUCAGAUCAUUCCCACCAAUGACAUCUUGGUUCCAGUCGGCGUGGUUCGACCAAUCACGCUGCGGGCUCGGAACCUUCCUCAGCCCCAGUCCGGACAGAAGAACUACGAGUGUGUCUUCAGCAUCCAGGGCCGAUCCCAGCGAGUGCCGGCCGUGCGCUUCAACAGCUCCUGCAUCCAGUGCCAGAACACCUCGUACUGGUACGAUGGAGACGAUAUCAGAGACCUGCCUGUCGAUUUCUCUGUGGUCUGGGACGGCGAUUUCUUCAUCGACAAACCAGCCUCCAUGAAAGCCUUGCUGUACAAGUGCUCAGCGCAGAGGGAGAGCUGCGGCCUGUGUCUGAAAGCAGACCCCAGCUUCGACUGCGGCUGGUGCCUGGCUGAGAGGAAGUGUCUGCUGAAGCAGCACUGCUCAAGCCCGGAGCUUAACUGGAUGCACCUAGGCCGCCGCAACAUUCGCUGCACCCACCCGCGCAUCACCAAGAUUCGACCCCUGACCGGCCCAAAGGAGGGAGGAACGAGGGUGUCCAUUUUGGGACAGAACCUGGGUCUGCACGUCCGUGAGAUCACUCACGUCAGAGUGGCCGGUGUGCGCUGUAAUCCCGUCCCGCUGGAGUACAUCAGCGCAGAGAAGAUCGUGUGUGACAUGGAGGAGUCGUUGCUUCCCAAUCCACCAGGGGGCCCCGUGGAGCUGUGCAUCGGAGACUGCAGCUCCGAGUAUCGCACCCAGUCUCACCAGAGUUACUCCUUUGUGACUCCUCUCUUUAAUAAAGUUCGUCCAGACAGAGGUCCACUCUCGGGGGGUACCAGGCUCACAGUGGCGGGGAGGCAGCUAGACGCUGGCAGUUUGGUGACUGUCUUCCUGGGGCAGGGAGAGUGUCAUUUUAUCAGACGCAGUGGUCAGUACGUUGUGUGCGUCGCCCCGGCCUCUUCCUCUGGCCCUGGUCCUGCAGCGGUCAGGCUCCUCAUCGACAAGGCCGAAGUGACCAACUCCGAGGUCGUGUACCACUACUCCGAGGACCCCACGGUGUCCAGCGUGGAGCCCGCGUGGAGCAUAUUUAAUGGCAGUACUCCACUCACUGUGACCGGAAGUAAUCUGCUCACCAUCCAGGAGCCCAGAGUGAGAGCCAAGUACGGGGGCUUCGAGACCACCAACGCGUGUCGUGUCGUCAAUGACUCUGUGAUGACCUGCAGUGCUCCGGGGAUUGUGUACACAAAGAAGGCCAUCCCACAGUCCAGCCAGCGUCCAGACGAGUUCGGCUUCAUUCUAGACAACGUCCAGUCACUGCGGACCCUCAACAGCACCCCCUUCACCUACUACCCCAACCCCCACUUCGAACCGCUGGGGAAUUCUGGGAUACUGGAGGUCAAGCCUGGUUCUCCCAUCAUACUCAAGGGUAGAAACCUGAUUCCUCCUGUCUCUGGGAACGCCCGUCUGAACUACACUGUGCUGAUUGGAGAGACCGCCUGUCUGCUCACGGUGUCAGAGUCUCAGCUGCUGUGUGAUUCGCCGGACCUCACCGGCGAGCAGCGAGUCACGAUCUUGGUUGGCGGUUUGGAGUUCUCUCCCGGGACGCUCCACAUCUAUUCGGACAGCGCUCUCUCUCUCCCGGCGAUCAUCGGCAUUGGGGCGGGGGGCGGGGUGCUCCUCGUCGCCAUCAUCGCCGUUCUCAUCGCCUACAAGCGCAAGACCAGAGACGCCGACCGGACCCUCAAGAGGCUGCAGCUUCAGAUGGACAACCUGGAGUCCAGAGUGGCUCUAGAGUGCAAGGAGGCGUUCGCUGAGCUGCAGACUGAUAUUCAGGAACUGACCAACGACAUGGAUGGAGUGAAGAUCCCAUUCCUGGAGUAUAAGACUUACACCAUGAGAGUCAUGUUCCCUGGGGUUGAGGAGCACCCUCUGCUCAAAGAGCUGGACUCCCCAGCGAAUGUGGAGAAAGCCCUCCGGCUCUUCAGCCAGCUGCUCAACAAUAAGAUGUUCCUGCUCACCUUCAUCCACACUCUCGAGGCGCAGCGUUCCUUCUCCAUGCGCGACCGCGGCAACGUGGCCUCCCUCCUCAUGGGGGCGCUGCAGGGGCGCAUGGAGUACGCCACCGUGGUGCUCAAGCAGCUGCUGGCUGACCUGAUCGAGAAGAACCUGGAGAACCGGAACCACCCCAAACUGCUCCUCCGCAGGACAGAGUCGGUGGCCGAGAAGAUGCUGACAAACUGGUUCACUUUCCUGCUGUACAGAUUCCUCAAGGAGUGUGCCGGGGAGCCUCUGUUUAUGCUGUACUGUGCGAUCAAACAGCAGAUGGAGAAGGGACCUAUUGACACCAUCACUGGAGAAGCACGCUACUCGCUGAGCGAGGACAAACUGAUCCGACAGCAGAUCGAUUACAAGCAACUGACUCUGAACUGCGUGCCUCCGGAGGGGGAGCCGGGCUCUGAGGUCCCGGUCAAGGUGCUGAACUGCGACACAGUGACCCAGGUGAAGGACAAGCUGCUGGACGCUGUGUACAAAGGCAUCCCCUUCUCACAGAGACCCCAGGCAGAGGACAUGGACCUGGAGUGGCGGCAGGGCAGACUGACCCGAGUCAUUCUUCAGGACGAAGACGUCACGACAAAGAUUGAGAGCGACUGGAAGAGACUGAACUCGCUGGCGCACUACCAGGUGUCGGAUGGUUCAUUGGUGGCGCUGGUUCAGAAGCAGGUAUCUGCCUAUAACAUUGCCAACUCCUUCACCUUCACCAGAUCUCUUAGUCGAUACGAGAGUCUUCUGCACACCUCCAGCAGUCCGGACAGCCUGCGUUCGCGAGCCCCCAUGAUCACCCCGGACCAGGAGAGUGGUACCAAGCUGUGGCACCUAGUUAAGAACCACGAGCACUCGGACCACCGGGAGGGGGACCGGGGUAGCAAGAUGGUGUCCGAGAUCUACCUCACCCGCCUGCUCGCCACCAAGGGCACGCUGCAGAAGUUUGUGGACGACCUGUUUGAGACGGUGUUCAGCACAGCACACAGAGGAAGCGCCCUCCCACUCGCCAUCAAGUACAUGUUUGAUUUCCUGGACGAGCAGGCAGACCGGAGACAGAUUAGUGACCCCGACGUGCGACACACCUGGAAAAGCAACUGCCUCCCUUUGCGGUUCUGGGUGAACGUCAUUAAGAACCCGCAGUUUGUGUUUGACAUUCACAAGAGCAGCAUCACAGACGCCUGCCUCUCUGUCGUGGCUCAGACCUUCAUGGAUUCCUGCUCCACCUCUGAGCACCGUCUGGGCAAAGACUCCCCUUCAAACAAGCUGCUGUACGCCAAAGACAUCCCCAACUACAAGAACUGGGUGGAGAGAUACUACAGGGAUAUCGCUAAGAUGCCAGCCAUCAGUGACCAGGACAUGGACGCUUACCUGGUCGAGCAAUCCCGUCUCCAUGCCAACGAGUUCAACACUCUGAGCGCGCUCAGUGGGCUCUAUUUCUAUGUCAACAAAUACAAAGAGGAGAUCCUGACCUCGCUGGACCGCGACGUUUACUGUCAGAAACACAAACUGAGGCAAAAGCUGGAGCAAGCCAUUAACCUGAUGUCCGGGAGCAGUUGAGGUUAGGAGUGGUCAGUGAGACUGACCUACAGCAAAGUGCCAUACAACACGACUUGAGAGGAGACUGGAGACCAACACGGAGGGAGAGAUAGAGAGAGAGAGAGAGAGAGAGAGAGAGAGAGAGAGAGAGGAGGGAGGGAUCUGGGCAGUACAGAAGAUCAUGUGGGCCCAACCUGGGUUUCUGACCUUGGUUCUGAAAUCUAUUUUCACAUAGACAGACCUCUUUGGGAAUUAUUCAGACUUUUGGGGAAGUUGGAAGCUGGCACAAUCUCCAAUUCGGAGUGAAACAUUCCCAGAGGAGUCUUGUUGGUGUUUUUUUUUUUUUUUUUUUAGCAUUGAUGGACUUAUUUCCAAGCGCGAAAAUGUAGCCACAUUCAAUGUCGUCUUCAGGCUAUUUGUUUUGGGUGGGGAAAUCUUAAAUAAGGAAAAAAAAAAGGACUCGGUCAGUUGAAAUCAAAUCAUGUGGUUUUUGUGGUGAAUAUAUAUUCGUGGAUGGUCAAUAGGGUUUAUCGUGGUACCAAAUAUUCUCUAUAAAGUUCCAAUAUACAUAGUUGUAUAUAUUGAAUUAAAAAAAAGAUUUAACAUUAAAAUAUAUAUAUAUUGACCAAGAAAAAUAAACCCGGCCUGAUGAAAAUCAAAAUAGUUAGAAUUUCAAUAGGAAAAAAAAAUAGUCACAUUUUUAACUCGCUGACUGAUGCAACAAUGGAAAUGCUUAUUGAAUUAAAGAAAUGAAUAGUAAUCCUUUAAAUACUAUUUCCAAAGAUGACUAAAAAAUGUACCUGGUUUGCAGAAAAUCCAAAAUGAUUGAAGUAAAUAAAAUUUAAUGACGAAUUUGCGUGAGGUUAAUAUUUUCAUAGAAAGGGUCAGUAUUAGCAGUGGAGUCAGCAGGUUAUGCCAUUUAAAACGUAAUAAAUAAAGCUUUUGAAAUUUGUCUGGGUGAAUACAAUACAAAUGGGGGGUCAAGUUCUGGACCCCCCGAAAAGUGUCCUACUAAAGCGCCUUUUUUUUUUACUUGAAUAAGGGGCCACAGGAGACCCCCAGUAUGUGUUUAAUUUGCCGUGCAUCAAAAACCAAUGAGAUCCAUUGAUUCCUAUAUUUAUUUUUUUUUCGGUUCAGAAAUACUUUGAUAUCAGGGGGCAGCUCUAGAGCGGAGAACAGUGUUGUUAGUUACAUCAGGGUUAGAUACGAGAGCAAGUGAAAUACAAGAUACUACAGAUUGAAUUCAGUGCAGGAUUAAACACAUUUUUAUACAAUUCCAUAGCUUGAUAGUGUAAUUUAGCAAUUAUGAAUUAUUUUGGUGCCUUGGAGCAAAUUCAUAGCUGGAAUGUUAAGUCGCUAACCUUUGAAACUGUGGAUUGCAUUUGAGCUCCUUGGACAUAGGGUGUGUGUACACAAAGAGAUAAUAAAGGGGUGCAUAGCGCCCCCUGCGGGUCGCAGCCACACAUAACAAGGGUUCCCGUUUUUUCAGUUCCAAUUUCUUAUUUAGAUUUCGCCUGCAUUCAGACUGCAAGGUAUUUUUUUUUUUUUUGGAACACAAAGCGAAUGGAAUUCAGUUUCCAAACCUAUAUAAUAAAAGGCGUUUUUAAAAGAUUUUGUUUCGGAAUUUCUGGACAAAAAAAAAACACGACGGAAUAUCUGCGUGUCCAUCCGACUCGCUCCUCGUCCUGUAAAUUAUUAAUUAUUUGUUUUUCUUUGUAAAUCCUGUUUUUGUUUCUUUGUAAUUUAUUGUCCACUUUUUGAAAUGUAAUUAUUUGAGUUGUAGAAAUUAUUUCAUGCAGAUGUGUACGUUGCAUUGUGAAUAUUUGCACUUUUUAAUUUGGUCAGUGGUUUGCAAAUGAUGGGAUUUUAAGUUAUGUUAAAAAAAAAAAGCAUGGUGUUUUGUUUUUGCUAAUAAAAGUGAGUGAAUCU